AUGCUGCCCCUCCCUCACUCUGAUGACAGUGUUAGUCUCCUCUACAGCAGGAUGCUGCCCCUCCCUCACUCUGAUGACAGUGUUAGUCUCCUCUACAGCAGGAUGCUGCCCCUCCCUCACUCUGAUGACAGUGUUAGUCUCCUCUACAGCAGGAUGCUGCCCCUCCCUCACUCUGAUGACAGUGUUAGUCUCCUCUACAGCAGGAUGCUGCCCCUCCCUCACUCUGAUGACAGUGUUAGUCUCCUCUACAGCAGGAUGCUGCCCCUCCCUCACUCUGAUGACAGUGUUAGUCUCCUCUACAGCAGGAUGCUGCCCCUCCCUCACUCUGAUGACAGUGUUAGUCUCCUCUACAGCAGGAUGCUGCCCCUCCCUCACUCUGAUGACAGUGUUAGUCUCCUCUACAGCAGGAUGCUGCCCCUCCCUCACUCUGAUGACAGUGUUAGUCUCCUCUACAGCAGGAUGCUGCCCCUCCCUCACUCUGAUGACAGUGUUAGUCUCCUCUACAGCAGGAUGCUGCCCCUCCCUCACUCUGAUGACAGUGUUAGUCUCCUCUACAGCAGGAUGCUGCCCCUCCCUCACUCUGAUGACAGUGUUAGUCUCCUCUACAGCAGGAUGCUGCCCCUCCCUCACUCUGAUGACAGUGUUAGUCUCCUCUACAGCAGGAUGCUGCCCUCCCUCACUCUGAUGACAGUGUUAGUCUCCUCUACAGCAGGAUGCUGCCCCUCCCUCACUCUGAUGACAGUGUUAGUCUCCUCUACAGCAGGAUGCUGCCCCUCCCUCACUCUGAUGACAGUGUUAGUCUCCUCUACAGCAGGAUGCUGCCCCUCCCUCACUCUGAUGACAGUGUUAGUCUCCUCUACAGCAGGAUGCUGCCCUCCCUCACUCUGA